UUGAAAAGCAAAGCACAGCAUUCAGACAACCUAUUUCAGCUGGGUCGUCUCUCGAAACUCUCUGUCUACUUCUCAUGGAUAGUGUUACUCAUAUUUGCCUAUAUUCGUGAAACUCUUCGAAAUUGGGGACUCGAACACGAUAAGGCCAGCAAGGAACUUACCAAACAAAAGGAUUUUGUGCCGCUGUUCACCGACUUUGAGUUUGUAUACUCGCGUAACUGCUACAGGAGGGUUCGGGAUGUAUUUGAUCGACCGAUAGGAUCGGUCCCAGGCGCCACAGUUGAUCUCAUCGACAGGACGUCUGAUGACUACAAUUGGACUUUUAGGUAUCGGGGAACCAAGACCAGUGUUAUCAACGUCGGUUCAUACAAUUAUCUCGGUUUUGCCCAGGCUAAAGGUCCAUGCGCCGAUGCGACGAUAGCUCAGGUGGACAGCGAAGGCUUGGCCACGUGCACGACAGUGCAUGAAAGAGGUAGAACAGUUUCUCAGUACAAACUUGAAAGACUCGUAGCUGAAUUUCUACGCGUCGAGGAUGCAAUUGUCUUCAGUAUGGGCUUUGCAACGAAUUCAAUGAAUGCUCCUUGUUUGGUCGAUAAGCACUUAUUGGCACUCGCACGAAAGCACAAUGGUAAGAACGUGAACUAUAUGGAUUCGUUGGAGAAAAUCUUGCGUGACGCAAUAGCCUACGGUGACCCAAAGACACAUCAACCGUACAAGAAAAUCCUGAUAAUUGUUGAAGGUAUAUACUCCAUGGAGGGGUCUAUUUGCAAUCUCCCUGGAGUGAUCGCCCUGAAGAAGAAGUAUGGUGCAUAUCUCUACUUGGACGAAGCGCAUUCGAUAGGUGCACUGGGAUCAUCUGGAAGAGGUGUGGUCGAAUACUGGGGAUGUAAUCCGACGGAUGUUGAUAUCCUCAUGGGCACCUUCACAAAAAGCUUCGGUGGUGCAGGUGGAUACAUCGCCGGCUCGAAGAAGACAAUAGAUCAUCUCCGAAUCAACUCACCGACGGGGUACUAUUCAUGUCCAAUGUCUCCGGCUGUUGCACAGCAGAUCUACACAUCGAUGAGCAUCAUUAUGGGCAAAGAUGGUACCAAUGAUGGUGCUCAACGUAUUGAACGAUUGGCUAGGAAUGCACGGUACUUCCGUCUUCGACUCAAGCAACUCGGCUUCAUCGUCUAUGGCAGUGAUGACAGUCCUGUUGUACCAGUAUUACUUUACUACCCGGCGAUUUGCGGCUUCUAUGGAAGAGAACUACUGAAGAGGAGAGUAGGCGUCGUUGUGGUAUCAUUCCCAGCAACUAGUAUGACAGAGUCACGAUGCCGAUUCUGUGUAUCAGCGGCUCAUACGAAGGAAAUGCUUGACAAGGUACUGGAUGCGGUGAGCGAAGUCGGUGACUUGUCUGGAACGAAGUUCUCGAAACGAGCACGUCUGUAUGAGAACAUGAAAAUCGAAUGGUAG